AGUGUUGUGCUGCUGGCUGGUAAUCCUCCUCUGAAAGGGGGGGACCUGAGCUGAGUUGAGUUGAGCUGAGCAGGAGAGAGCUGCUGAGGGGUGGCACUCACUCUGGCCUCUGCCUGUCCCACUCGCAUCACACCUCCACACCUCCACACCUCCAUACACAUACACCAGCUCCACCUCCACCAUACCCACACACACCAGCAGCAGCAACAGCACCAGCAGGAGGGAACCUGACUCUUGAGGAGCCGGGCUGGGCCACGGAUGGGAAGCCGGUGAGGACAAAAGGCACAGAGCGAACAAAAUUGAGGGGCACAGCAAGAGAAAAGGGACAGGGAGAACACAAUACCGUCGAGGAGCAACAACGGACUUCACUGGAGCACUGACAACAUUAACAGCCAUAGGCACACCUGGAGACGGCAGCGGUCUCUUCAACUUUGACGGAUAUUUUCUAUUAUUGUUUUCUUUCCUUUUUUCUUUUCUUUUUUUCUCCACUGCCUGGCCACAGUCACUCAGAAAGGGGAGUCGGGGGAAGACUCACUGACACACACUGCUCUACUACAACAACAUCUCUGAAGAGAAGAACGCCAACUCUUGCCUGCGUGUGUAUUGAUACUGGAUCACUGGUGUGAUACUUGUUCGGCACAAUGAGUGCAGAAAUACAGGAUUACUACAGCUAUGACUAUGACAACGCCGCCCCCACCAAACCACCAAAAGAAAUAAUCCCCCCCUGUGACCCAACAGCGGAUGACAAGCUCUACCACAUAUGCAUCGCAGCAGUAUCCCUGGUGGUGAUGUUGGUGCUGGCUGUACUGGCCCGAAGGAAGAAGGUGGACGACAACCUGCGGGGCAUCUCUGGUCUGCUCAGCCCAGUCAACUUCCUGGAUCACACCCAGCAUAAGGGGCUGGCCGUGGCUGUGUAUGGAGUCCUCUUCUGCAAGCUCUUCACCAUGGGCAUCAGCCCCAACCCCCUGCCCUUCGUCAAGGACUCCCCACACAGAGAGCCCUGGUUGGUCCUGGCCAUGAUCUACUACCCGGCGCUGUACUACCCGCUGUUGGCCUGCGGCACGCUGCAUAGCCCCGUGGGGUACGUCCUGGGCAGCUUGCUCUCCUGGUCACACUUUGGGGUCCUCGUCUGGCAGAAGGUGGACUGCCCAAGGACUCCCGAGAUUUGGAAGUACUACGCCCUGUUCACCAGCCUGCCCCAGAUAGUUUGUCUGGCUUUCCUCAGUUUCCAGUAUCCACUGCUCCUCUUCAAGGGCCUGAAGGGCAAUGAGGACGAGAAAAACACUUCGGAGGACCUCCGGAGCAGCUACUACAGGGAUUACGUGAAGAAGAUUCUGACAAAGAAGAAGGCGUCUAAAGCAAGCUCCAGCUCCAAGCCUGGUUUGGUGGAGAGGAUCACUGAUGCCAUCAAGUCCUACAUAUACACACCAGAAGAUGCCUUUAGGUUUCCAUUAAAGCUUGCCAUUUCUGUGGUCGUGGCAUUCGUUUCACUUUACCAGAUGGCCGUGCUGCUGAUCAGCCUUGUGGUGCCCACUCUGCAGAUCGUGCGUUGGGGUGUGGACGAGGACAUCGCCUUCCUGCUGGCGGGAUUCAAGAUCAACCUUUCAGAUGACCGCCAGGAGGUGGUCAGGAUCGUUGUCUACUACAUGUGGUGUGUGGAGGUGUGUUACAUCUCUGCCAUGACCCUGUCCUGCAUCGUUAACCUGGCCAUGAUGAUGAGGUCCAUGGUCCUCCACAGAGAUAACCUGCGGGGCCUGUACAGGGGAGAUAUCUAUAAUGUGUAUAACUGCCAGAGGAGUAUCCGGCCGUCGCGGCCCGCGCUGGUCUGCUGGAUGGGCUUCACUAGCUACCAGGCUGCCAUGAUCUGCCUCAGCAUGGCCAUCCAGACGCUGGUGUUCUUUAUCUGCCUGAUGUUCGCUGUCUUCCUGGUCAUCAUCCCCGUUCUCUAUGGACAGAACCUCAUGCUCUUCCACAUCAUCGCCAACAUGUGGCCCUUCUGGUUGAUGCUCAUCGUGGCUGUGAUCGCCCAGCACCUGGCUGCCAAGUUCGCCUUCAUCAAGAGGGUGUCUGGAAUACGAGACCUGCAGAACAGGGGUAGUCUGUUCCUGAUGUCCUACCUGCUGUUCCCUGUCAACGUGCUGAUCGGCGUUCUGCUGGGCGUGUGGCGGACGGUCAUCUCGGCCCUCUUCAACAUCCUCCACCUGGGCAGGAUGGACCUCAGCCUCCUCAACCGCAACGUCGAGGCCUUCGACCCCAGCUACCGCUGCUAUGCGCACUACCUGAAGAUCGAGGUGAGCCAGUCCCACCCAGUCAUGAAGGCCUUCUGUGGGAUGCUACUGCAGAGCUAUGGCCAGGACACAGGCCCCCGCACCAGGGACGCGGAGGAGGGAAUUCAGUUGGUGCAGCAAGAGAAGAAGCAGAAUAAGGUAUCGAGCGCACGGCGCGCGCGUGGUCACUGGCAGCUGCUGUACACGCUCGUCAACAACCCGUCCUUGGUGGGCUCGCGCAAGCACUUCCAGCGCCAGACUUCGGGGAGCUUCGUCAACGGAACACUGAAUCGCAGCGGCAAAGAGGGACAGGGCGGCGGCGCUAACUGAGCUAGCUGCCUCUGCCAAGCCCAACGGUUUAAAGUACCCAGCCUGACACUGCACUCCUCGCCACACGGCCGUUAGUUUCCCACGCGUGUUGGCCGUUUGUGUGUGCGCCCCUCCAGCCAUAUUGAAGAUGCUAGUGUUAGCUGUCUGCUACUGCCUAUGUACACUGGGUUGAGUGCGCUCUGAGUGAGUGUGCGCAUAGCACUGUUCUGAAGAACAACCCCAACUCUAAUACACGGAGCACGGGGUGGGACGUUCAGUCAGGAUUUUUAGAACUUAAGCGCCACGGGGCAUUUACAGGCAUUUCUAAAUCGCAGACUGUAAUUUGUUUGUCAAUAUGUGUGUGAGUUUAUGAAUGGAUGGGUAAACGACCUACAACUGUGUCUGUAGGGGUGGGUAUUGGCAAAGGGUUCACGAUUCGAUGCGCAUCACGAUACACAUGCCACGAUGCGAUUCUAUCACGAUGCAUUGCGAUUCAUGUACUACUGUGAUGCAUUGCGAUAUUUACUUCAGUAAAUGUGUAAAAUACAGCUUAUUUGUCAGUUGCUGUGUAGCUUUCAUAAGUCAGUUAAUUCUAUUUAAGCAUUUUAUCAUCUGGGAGAGAGCUUACAUCACAACAGAAAUAUUACCUACUCUCUACUGAACAAAAUCAACCCGUGGCAAAUAGAAUUUUAUUGUUAUCAAAUAAUCAAUUGUCAUGAAUCCAUGCAGUAUAUUGAGAAAAUAAGUAUCACGAUACCUUGUCAUGAAUCGAUGCAUUGUAUCGUGAAAGUAAGUAUUGCGAUGCAUCGAUUCGACGAUUAUUUUGCACACCCCUAUGUGUCUGUGUGUGUAUGUGUGCGCGUGUUGUGUUUGAGGUUGAUAUGUUCAGUGACUAGCAACUUCACUUUCCUGAAAUUGAUGAAGCACUGAGUUCUUCUCUAACCAGCUCUGGAAGGUUAGAAUAUUUAUGAAUGUACAAAGUAUUCUAUUUUGAAGAUUUAGCUGAUGUUAAUUUGAACUGCAUACAAUAUUACAGAGUUAAGUGAAAUGGUCACACAUUGUGGAAAAUAAAUAAAUAAAUAUAGCUUUUUUCAUCUGUAGUCUACGUCUUGUUAAAUGUAUGGAUUUCCCCGAAAUGUCUAACUGUGAAAUUCAACACUGGACCUUCCGCUCUCAUCUCCACAGGUGUCUUCUCCUUUUGAUAUCAUUUUCAUUGUCUCGUUGCUCGUCCUCCUCUUUCGCCAGACCUGUCUCGCGUUGCCUUUGAAUAAAUCGAGUGAAUUUAUUUGUGAUUAAAAAUAUAUAUGUGUAA